AUGGCAGACUACUCUGAGCCACCGUCCCACUUCUCUGCAAACGUGCAUGCAGCUGGAUCACACCUUGAGCGCACCCCCUCCACCGAGGCGGAUGACGGACGUGCAGAUUUGGAGAUCAAGCGUCCGCGAGCCUGCGAUCCGUGCCGCCAGUUGAAGGUCCGAUGUGACCCGGACCCGGCGCGCCCUGAUGGCGCUUGUAAGCGCUGUGCUAAGGCGCGACGCCAAUGCAUUGUCACUGCGCCAACUCGUAAGCGCCAGAAGAAGACGGAUAGUCGAGUCACAGAGCUGGAACGAAAAAUUGACGCUUUGACUGCCACCCUGCAAGCUGGGCAGCAUGGCCAACAUAACCCCAGUCCGUCCUUAGGAGCGCCCUCAAGUAGUCAGAGCUCAUCACGGCGAUGGCUCCAUGAAGUUCCCAAUGGAGCCGGCACUAAGCGACCUUAUGAGGAGAUCGAUACCUCCCAAUAUCCACCUAACCACCCUGAUAGUACACAGCAGAGUUCAAGUCAAACAGAUGCGAGGCACUGGCGUAGACCUCUUGCUGGCGGAUUCGCACCACCUUUCGCCAAGCCCACUGUCGAAGCUGACUAUGUUGAUGUCAUUGAUAGAGGCAUGAUCAGUCUUGAAGUCGCAAGCGCGUCUUUCGACCGGUAUGUCAAGGAUAUGGCAGAGGAGAUGCCGGUGGUCGUUUUCCCGCCAGGGACGACGAUGGACGACGUGCGCCGCGGGAAACCGGCUCUGUUUCUGUCAGUCAUUAGUGUAGCUGUUGGAAAGUUCGACAAAGAGAUUCAGAUGCCUCUCAUCACAGACUUCUUCCGCCUCGCUGCAGAGAGCAUAGUCGUCAAGGGCAACAAGUCCCUCGAGCUUGUUCAGGCCCUACUAGUGCAAGCAAUCUGGUACAUCCCCCCAGAUAAUCUGGAGGAACUCAAGUUUUACCAAAUCAUUCACAUGGCCAUUGCUGUCUCCAUGGAUUUGGGUCUGAAUCGCCUUUCGAACGGAGACAUUAAACCACUGGCUCGACUUCGGGAUAUUAUCGCAAAGAAACACUUUGGCCCAGCAGUCGACCUGGACGGACCCGAGGCGAGGCGUACAUGGCUAGGAUGCUAUUUCCUGGGCGUGCAGGUGUCAACAGCCUUGAGGCGAAUUCACCUUGUCCGAUGGCAACCGUACAUGGACGAAUGCAUCCAAAUUCUGGAAAACCACCCAGAUGCUCUACCCAGUGACCGCAGACUUGUUUGGUGGGCGAAAUUGGGGUGGAUCAUGGAGCAGGCUGGACUGCAGCUCCUCCCGGAGGACUCCAAAUCAAUAACUGCUUUUGCUGAUAGCAAGGUCCGAUACACGAUCAGAGCUUUUUCGAACCAACUAUCGCAGUACCGCAAAGACAUCCCGGAGGAAUUCUGGACAACUCCUCUUGCUCAUACAUAUUACGCAAUGGUACUUUUUGUUCAUGAAAGUGCGAUGGGGGUCGAUUGCAGAGACGAGUCCAACUCUACGAACGGGGAACUCCCCCCGGCGGCGAUAGCCCCUUACGUCGACGCACUCUCGUCAUGUAUUCACGCAAUCCACAAAACCUUGGAUACCAUCUCCAAUGUGGACGUGGAAAGAUUCACCAACCUGCCCACUCUGGCAGUUGCUCGCACUGCGUACCCGGUGGUUAGCUUGGUCAAGAUCUACUCCCUCAUUACCGCGCCGGGCUCACGCAUCAGCCAAAUCGUUGAUCAGGAUAGCCUCAAAGUACAGGAAUACCUGGAGAAAGUCAUCGACCAUUAUCGCGCCGCCGCUGCCCUGAACGCCGGUCGGGUCGCUGCCAAAUUUGGCAAUAUCCUCAUGAUGCUACGGAAUUGGUUUAUGAAAAAGAAGGAAAACGGCCCAGAGCUGCGAGAGAUCUUUGGUACGGAGACAAGAUCGGACACGCCCAGUGAUCGAGCUAGAAACACACCCUUGCAUGUUCUCAGCGAACUAGCCAUGGACUCAUCUCGCCCACCGGCAACCUCAUCCCCUCGUGGAAAGAAGGCUGUCUUCUCACCACCAAGGCUGAAUCAAGAACGGACGCAAAACCGCGGGGCAUCAUCUCACGCCCACACAAUGGGCAGUAUCACAUCUUCAAGAUCUGAACCCAGCCCCGCUCCAGCAAACCCUACCUGGCCCACCCCGUCUUUCUCCCCUCCGAUUCCCGGCUCACAUGACCCCAGUGUGACGGGGAGCAGGCCCCUUUAUCAACAAUUCCCCAACGCGGACUCCUCACCCGUAUACGGGAUGCAGUCCCAGGCACCGUCUAUGCACAACUCAUAUAUGGCCGCGCCGGGCAUGGGCAUGCCCAUCGGACAAUCGACAACAAUGGCCCCAGAAAUGCCCAUGGAUGGGGCCCUCAACACCGACAACCUGUUCGCAAUCGGCAACAUCAUUGAAGAAGGCCUGUUCUCGUUUCCAUUUGCAUUCGACGGAAACUUCCAAUUCUGA